CACAGUUUUGCUCCGUUCACAUCGAAGUUUAAAGUUUUUACAAAAGUUAAAGGAUAAUGAAGUACUAAGCCGGAUAAAGAAUAGUUUGUCCUAAAUUACAUGCGUCCGUUGUUUUUUUUUUAAAUCGACCUCAUGUUUUUGUUUUUGUGAGACAGUAAAGGCACGAAGAGGAUAAGUCACCAUUGUUCGAACUGGAUCGCCUAACGCUUCCCAGAUUUCCUGCUCCUGUGUGGAAGACUUACCGAGGGCCGCUGACCAGAUUGAGGUGCAGUGACGCAAAUCACACAGUAUUCGAAUGCAGCCGUGUGGACUGAUGCUCAGGACUCUGCAGCUCUGUCUAACACUCAUGGGGUUACCUCUCCCUGUCAGCAUCCAGCAGAGGAACGGUCACGCACUUGACCACAUUUCGUGACUUUUUGGUCGGUUUACCUCCUCUCACCCAGCCCUCUUUGCCCAAAGACUUUUUUUUUUCUUUCUUGUUGGCUUUUGGUUUUUAAACGCAACCAUUUUUUUGGGAACUAAACUGGGAUUUUCCCUCAUAUUAUGCACAUCAAUGGAUACCAGUGGCACAGUGGUUAGCAUGGGAAGUGAGGAGCAGUCCUUUCAUGUCCGCUACAGGAUGGAGGUGUCCUGCCUGGAGCUGGCGUUGGAGGGUGAGCGGCUCUGUAAGGUGGGCGACUACAGAGCAGGCGUGUCCUUCUUUGAAGCUGCCAUUCAGGUGGGCACGGAGGACCUGCAGGUGCUCAGUGCCAUCUACAGCCAGCUGGGCAAUGCCUACUUCCACCUGCAUGACUACGCUAAAGCGCUGGAGUUCCACCGCCAUGACCUCACCUUGACCAGGACGAUCGGUGACCUGCUUGGUGAAGCAAAAGCCAGUGGAAACCUUGGCAACACGUUAAAGGUGCUGGGGCGGUUUGACGAGGCUGUGGUUUGCUGUCAGAGACACUUGGACAUCGGCAGAGACAUUAAUGACAAGGUGGGUCAGGCUCGAGCUCUGUAUAACUUUGGGAACGUGUACCAUGCCAAAGGCAAAAGUAUCUGUUGGAGUGGAGCUGAGCCUGGAGAUUUCCCCGAGGACGUCAUGGCGGCACUGCGGAAGGCUGCAGAGUAUUAUGAAGCAAAUUUGGCCAUAGUGAAGGAACUCGGGGAUCGCGCUGCUCAGGGUCGGACCUACGGCAACCUCGGCAACACGUACUACCUUCUGGGAAACUUUCGCAAAGCUGUAGCUUCUCAUGAACAGCGCUUGCUCAUAGCUAAGGAGUUUGGCGACCGCUCUGCAGAGAGACGAGCUUACUGCAACCUCGGGAAUGCCUAUAUCUUUUUGGGGGAAUUUGAAGUGGCAGCUGAGCAUUACAAGAGGACGCUGCAGCUGGCGAGGCAGCUGAAGGAUCGAGCUGUGGAGGCCCAGGCCUGCUACAGUCUGGGCAACACCUAUACACUUCUCCAGGACUAUGAAAGAGCCAUAGACUACCACCUCAAACACCUCAUCAUAGCCCAGGACCUCAAUGACAGGAUUGGGGAGGGCCGUGCAUGCUGGAGUCUCGGAAAUGCUUACACUGCACUGGGGAACCAUGACCAAGCCAUGCACUUUGCUGAGAAACAUCUGGAGAUCUGCAAAGAGACCGGUGACAGGAGCGGAGAGCUGACGGCUCGUAUGAAUGUGUCUGAUCUCCAGACGGUUCUGGGCCUGAGUUACAGCACAAAUAACUCAACUCUUUCAGAGAAUAAGGAUGUAGACUACAACGUGCAUGGAGCGAGGCCCAGGAUGAGCAGAAGACAUAGCAUGGAGAACCUGGAGCUGAUGAAACUCACUCCAGACAAGAUGAAUGGUCAGAAGUGGAACAGUGACAUCCUGACGAAACAGUCCAAACCUUCCUUGGCAAAAACCUCUUCCAAGCUGUUCUUUGUCAGCCGUCUGCGUGGAAAGAAGUACAAGACUGGUGGUUCCAGUAAAGUCCUCCAGGACACCAGCAACACCCUGGACACCAGCCAGACACCCGCACAGGGACCACAGAAGCGACUCAGUCCUGACAUGCUCGGAGACGAGGGCUUCUUCGAUCUCCUGAGUCGUUUCCAGAGCAACCGUAUGGAUGACCAGCGUUGUUCAAUACAGGAUAAGGGAAGCAGGUUAUCAUUAAACAGCGGCCCGGAGUCACCACCCAGAUCCAUCAGGAAAUCUGUAUCAGAGUCUGCCAACGUCUCCGGUGCCCACGGCCGGCGGUUAGAGGAGUCAUCAGCAGCAGGGGGAAGCUUGCCCGGACUCAGGCUCAAUCAAAACAGCAACCAGGCCGUGCUCAGCCACCUGAUGGCCAAUGCUGACAAUGCUGAGCCUGACGACGACUUCUUCGAUAUGCUUGUCAAGUGCCAGGGGUCCCGUUUGGACGAUCAGCGCUGUGCGCCGCCCCCACCUCCGGUCCGAGGGCCGACUGUACCGGACGAGGACUUCUUCAGCCUCAUCAUGCGCUCUCAGGCCAAACGAAUGGACGAGCAACGUGUCACCCUGCCGUCUGCACCCAGACCAGGCUCCAGCUCCAACUGAAUCAAGCACUAAAGAGACAGCCAGGUUUUUUUUUUUUUUUUUUGUUUCUCAUCUCACGAGGGUGUGGACAGUGUCGGGACUGACCUGGCGUAUCUUUACGUUUGUCCUUUUGGAUGAAACAAAGCACUGACAGCAUCAUAUGUAGUACACAGUAUGGGACAUUUUCAAAUUAACAUGGACUUGUUUGGCACAACACAAAUUUUCAGCAGUAUCAGGGACUAAAGUGUUUUUUUUUAAUCUUCCCAUACUCCUACAGAUUUCAUUUCGCCCUUUGUGUAUUUUUCAAUACACAACUGCAGUUAUGUUUGUAUUUAUUGUACAUUUUAUGAUUGUUAUGAUUCUAUUAACUGCCGUCCCUCCACGCUGAAGUAAUUUGGUUUUACUCAUCAGAUAGUUUUACUCGCUGUCUGAGUCAGUGUGGACACACAGGUACAGCACUCUUUCCAUGUAUUCUUUGUUUUUUGUAUGUGAGGGUUUUUUGUUAAAUAGCUACAGAGGCCAGACUAAGAAAUUGUAUUUCAAGCAAAGUAUUUGAUAAAAAGAAUGAAUUUAACCCGUCUGUACAGCCCCGUAAGCUUGUUUUUACUAAAUGAUUUAAUGACGUCCGAGGAAUAAAAGCCCCGUCCAUGUAGGCAUCUUAUUUUGACUUUUGAAA